CAAGCUUCGCCUCAUCGGCGUAUCGCAACCCCACGUGUUUAGCGAGUUUCAAACAAAGUGAUUACAUUUUUGUUCGUAGUCAGUUUUGAUUCUUCGUUGCUAUUUCAAUAAUGGGGAGAAAGAGCAAAAAGUCACUCACGGAUGCAGAAACUCCGAAAAAGGUGAAGAAAGAAUUAGACGCAGACUCUGUUGAAGUUGAAUCAAAGGAAGCACUGUCGAAUGGCUCAGAAAAUGGCUCGCCAAAGAAGAAGGGUGCAAAGGUAAAGACUCCCAAGAAAAUUGCCGUGAAAGAGGAGCAGCUGGUGAAGACCGAGCAAGUGGCAAAUUCGCCUAAGAAGCUUAAUAAGCGCAAGAGCGUUGAUCCUCCUGAAUCUCCUAAGGAAAAGAAGGCCCAGGUGAGCGAGCCAGUGAAGAAGACUCCUAAGAAGAAAAAGAAGGCCCUGAAAGCAAAGGAAAAUGAGCCCGAAAGCUCUGACGAAGAGCUGGAAAAAGAAGGAGACUUGGUCGGCGAGGAGGACGUCCCAGCAUCUGACGAUGAAGAUACCGUAGAGGAAAAGAGGGCCAAGUACCAGCGCGCGAAGGAAAUCGAGGAGGAGAAGAACACCAGGACCAUUUUCAUUGGCAACCUGCCCAAGGAAAUCUCCAAGGAGAAGAUCGAGCAGCUGUUCAAGAAAUUCGGCAAGAUUCAGUCGACUCGUUACAGAAACGCUCCAGUCGCUGAUAUCCGAGUGCCAAAGAAAGUUGCAACCAUCAAGAAAGACUUCCAUUCUAAGAGAACCAGCAUUUCGGCCCUGAUUGUGUUUGAAAAAAUCGAUUCGGUGCAGAAAGCUUUGAAAAUGAAUGGCACUGUUGUGGACGGACACCACAUUAGGGUUGAUAAAGCCGUUAAAGACAAAGCAGUUGACCCGUACUCUGCCAUUUUCAUUGGAAAUCUACCCCUUGGCAUUGAAGACGAAAAACUGUGGCAAGUUUUCGGUACUUGCGGCGAAAUUGAUAGCGUUCGAGUUGUGCGCGACAAAAACACUGGUUUCGGUAUUGGCGUGGGAUACGUCAACUUUAAGAAAUCAGACGCCGUCGAGCUGGCUUUGAUGAAGAACGGGUUCGUGCUUGACAAAAGGGAGUUGCGUGUGUCCAGGUGCUCAUCCAACCCGAAGUCGAGGCGCAAGGCAAAAUCAGAAAUCCGCAACAAGUUUGCCGCACGCUACAAGGAAGACCAGGCGCUUAAGAGGAAAAAGGCUGCCAAUCGAGAGAUGGAUGCCGCAAUGAAGCAGAAAAAGUUGAAGGUUAAAAUUGAAGACACGUCAUUCCAAGGACAGAAGGUGCAGACAGGAAAAGUCGCCAAGAAAUCCAAGAAGGAAAAGAUGAACCCUAAGAAGAAGCAGAUUGUGGAGUCUUUGGUGAAGUCAAUGAAGAAACCCAAGAAGCUAGCUAAAUCUGUGUAACCUGUUAAGGAAUUAAAAUAAAUGGAAAAUAUUGAAUUCUUGUA